AUGCGAAGCGUUGCGUUCCCCGUUCUCAUUGUCGUUGCCGCCUCUGGUGCGCUCGCAGCAGACGAGGCCAAGCCUCCAACUGAAAUUAAAGCGCCUUUCAUUGAGCAGUUCACGGACGACUGGGCUGAACGGUGGACUCCUUCCGAGGCCACCAAGAAGACCCCUGUCGGUGGCGAGACCUUCAGCUAUGUUGGCAAGUGGGAGGUUGAGGCUCCCGAGAGCGGUCUCGUCGAGGGCGCUCAGGGCCUUGUCGCUAAGACCAAGGCUGCUCACCACGCCAUCUCGGCCCCCUUCUCUACCCCGGUUGACUUCACCAAGGAGCCGCUCGUCGUCCAGUACGAGGUCAAGUACCAGAAGGGCGGCAACUGCGGUGGCGGCUACCUCAAGCUCCUUGAGGAUGGUUUCCAGACCAGCGGCAAGGAGUUCUCGGACAACACACCAUGGGUAGUCAUGUUCGGUCCCGACCUGACGUGUCCUGGCUCGAAGGUAAUUCACUUCAUCUUCCGCCACAAGAACCCCGUCACUGGGGAGGUUGAGGAGAAGCACCUCAAAGCACCCCCCAAGCCUUCCCUUAACAAGGAUACUAACCUCUACACCCUCGUUGUUCACCCCAACAAUCAGACCUUCGAGGUGCAAUUCAACCAUGACGUCCAGCUUUCUGGUAGCCUUCUCGAGGACUUCACUCCCCCCGUUAACCCCCCGAAGGAGAUCGACGACCCCGAGGAUACCAAACCCGCUGACUGGGUUGACACCAAGCGCAUCCCUGACCCUGAUGCCGUCAAGCCCUCUGACUGGGACGAAGAGGAGCCCUAUGAGAUCCCCGACGAGGACGCUGAGAAGCCCGAGGGCUGGCUCGACGAUGAGCCCGAGGAAAUCCCUGACCCUGAUGCUGAGAAGCCUGAGGAAUGGGAUGACGAGGAGGACGGUGACUGGAUUGCGCCCACCGUCGCCAACCCGAAAUGUCUCGAGGCUCCUGGCUGCGGCGAGUGGAAGCGCCCCACGAAGGCUAACCCCGCUUACAAGGGCAAGUGGUACGCUCCCAUGAUCGACAAUCCCGCCUACAUUGGCGAGUGGGCUCCUCGUAAGAUUCCCAACCCGGGCUACUUCGAGGAUCUCGAGCCUGUCCAAAGCCUGUCUAAGAUUGGUGGUAUUGGCAUUGAACUCUGGACCAUGACCGAGGAUAUCCUCUUCUCCAAUGUUUACGUCGGUCACUCCGUCGAGGAUGCGCUUGCGCUUGCGGCCGAGACCUACGACAUCACUCAUACCGCUGAGGCUGCUGCUUCAGCCAAGGCUCUGGAUGUCGACGAUGAUGUUGUUUCCUUCUCUGAGGACCCCGUCACAUUCGUUCGCGGCCGUGUCUUGAACUUCGUUGAGAUUGCCAAGGUUGACCCCGUCGCUGCCUUCAAGGCUAUGCCUGAGACUGGCAUCGCUCUUGCUGGUGCCAUCUUUACCCUCUUCGGCAUGAUUGGUGUUCUCUUUGGCCUCGUUGGCGCCCAGCAGAAGCCCGUCACGAAGAAGACCGAUGCUCCUACUUCCGACGACAAGAAGAAGGCCGACAGUACCCCUGUCGCUCCCGCCGGUGGUGACAAGAAGGACGAGAGUGGUGGCGCCCGCAAGCGCAAGUAG